AUGCGCGGGGGCUGCGCGGCGGCGCUGCCGCUGCCCUGGCUGGCGCUGCUGGCCCUGGCCCGGCAGCCCCCCGAGAAGCCGUCGGCGGCCCCGCUGCUGACCCGGCGGCCGUUCCUGGUGGCCUGGAACGUGCCCACGCAGGACUGCAAGCCCCGCUUCCAGGUGGCCCUGGACUUCAGCAUCUUCGACCUGCAGGCGUCGCCCAACGAGGGCUUCGUGGACCAGAACCUCACCAUCUUCUACAAGGAGCGCCUGGGGCUCUACCCCUACUACACCAGCCAGCGCGUGGCCAUCCACGGCGGCGUGCCCCAGCGCAGCAGCCUGGCCGAGCACCUCGCCCGGCUCCAGGAGGGCAUCGGCAAGUACAUCCGCUCGCCCGCCAAGGAGGGGCUGGCCGUCAUCGACUGGGAGGAGUGGCGGCCCAUCUGGGUGCGCAACUGGAAGCCCAAGGACGUCUACCAGGAGGUGUCGCGGCAGCUGGUGGUGCAGCGGCAGCCCCACCGGUCCCUCGAGGAGGUGAACAAGCAGGCCGUCUUCGAGUUCGAGUCGGCGGCGCGGCAGUUCAUGGUGAGCACGCUGCGCUCGGCCAAGAGCUUCCGCCCCAAGCAGCUCUGGGGCUUCUACCUCUUCCCCGACUGCUACAACCACGACUACAGCAAGAACAAGGAGAGCUACACGGGGCAGUGCCCGGACGUGGAGAAGACGCGCAACGACCAGCUGGCGUGGCUGUGGAGGGAGAGCAUGGCGCUCUACCCCUCCAUCUACCUCGACCCCCUACUGGCCUCCACCCCCAACAGCCGCAAGUUCGUGCGGGCGCGGGUGAUGGAGGCCAUGCGCAUCUCACAGCAGCACCACGACGGCUACAGCCUGCCUGUCUUCGUCUACACCCGGCCCACCUACAUCCGCAAGAUGGACGUGCUCAGCCAGCCGGACCUGAUCUCCACCAUCGGUGAGAGCGCGGCACUGGGUGCGGCCGGGGUCAUCUUCUGGGGUGACGCAGACUACACCAAAAACCGGGAGUCGUGCCAGACCAUCAAGAACUACCUGGAGGGGGACCUGGGCCGCUACAUCGUCAACGUCACGACGGCAGCGCAGCUCUGCAGCACAGUGCUGUGCCAGGGUCAGGGCCGCUGCCUGCGCCAGGACAGCGCCGCCGACGUCUUCUUGCACCUCAACCCCACCAGCUUCCAGCUGCGGCGCCGGGACGCGGAGCACCCCCAGCGCCCCCUCCUCUGGGCCGAGGGCCGCCUGUCCCCCGCCGACACCCGCUUCCUACGGACCAACUUCCGCUGCCACUGCUACCAGGGCUGGCAGGGCAGCGGCUGCCAGCAGCCGGCGGGACCCCGCGGGGGAGCCCCCGGCCCCCCGACGCCCGUGGGACUGGGGGUGCUGCUGCUGCUGCUGCUGUUCCUGGGCUGGCUCUAGCCUCGCCGGACUGCGACGGGGCCCCCCGGCACCCCCUUUCUGCAGCGGUGUAGCGGACCUGUGGGACACUGGCCCUAAAUCGCCUGCUCGGCAGCUUAUUGGGGUGGGGGGGCUGGGGGGUCACCCCUCCCCUGCCCCGGGUGCUGGGGGCUGCUGCC